AUGAGGUCUCAGCUCUACACUAUCAGCAUAGUAUGCUUCUGGAUUCUAGACCAUGUAGAAGCUGUCUACUAUCUUGACCAGGCGGCCGGCUACAGCGCACUGCCAUCAUGCGCCGAAGUUCCCAUCAGCUCCAUCGUGAGAGACAUGGUCUCGGGAUGCGGUGACGGAGGCAGGACGACAUCCUAUAGCUGCUUCUGCACCGCAAGCUCGGAUAGAUUCAGCAACCUCAUUGCCACUGCUGUUGCCAAGAACUGCGGCCAGUCGAGCUCGGAGGUCGCGAGCGCAACGCAGGUGUUUGAUGCAUAUUGCCAACUUGGCAAAGCUGAUGCAGCAACAGAUGUUAGUGGGCCAACUUCGACGACAGGCGGCAGCAUUUCGACCUCCUCGCCAGCCUCUUCUACCGUUGAACCAUCAUCUGGUCUUUCUACUGGAGCUGUCAUCGCUGUCAGCACCUGUGUAUCUCUCGUCACUAUUGCGAUAUUCAUCACUGCCUAUUUCCUAUGGCGUCGACGCCGUGCCAACAGGAAAACCCCAAGCGUCGAAGCACAUACCGAAGUGUUUGUGGAGAACGGAGAAGGUACAGGGGCUCAAAAACAUGAUUGCACGGUAGAAAGUUUCAAGGCAGAGCUGGAUGCGAGGAAUGAGAUAAAUGAGUUGCCAACUCCGCCGCCGCCGAGGACCAUGCACGAGCUCCAAUGA